UUGAACAGAAACGUCAUCAUGGCGGACGUCGAAGCCAAAGUUCUGAAAUGUAAAGAUUAUUUGCUUGCGGACUUGGACGACACAAAGUUGCAGUAUGUCCUUAAGAAACUGUCACAGCUCAAUAUCACAAUUGACAUCUUGCAGAGCACUAGGAUUGGUAAAAUUGUGAGCACUUUGAAAAAACGUGAUGGAGCAGUGGCUGACAAAGCCAGAGAUAUCGUCCGUAAAUGGAAAGAAAUGGUUUCUAAGGAAGCUGCAAGGCUUCAAGAGGAAGAAGAGGCACGGGCCAAUCAGAAUUCAGCAUCUGAGGAUGAGCAAAGAGAGUCAUCAAAUGAAAAUGCAGAAUAUGAAAGUGAGGCUGAGCAAUCAGCCAAUGAACAUUCAUGUUAUGAAAUUGAAGGGAAUCAGUCUGUGAGUGAGAGUGUUUCUAACAAGAGCAAUGAAGAAGAGUAUGAAAGUGCUGGUGAGAGGCAUCAUAGAUCAACUGUUCAUGAACACAGUGAGAGCAGUAGAGAAUCAAUGAAAAACUCUGAUGAUGAAGAGAUUUAUUCAAAGCACAAGCAUUCCCAUGCUUCAAAAAAGGAAAAGUUUAAAACAAGUUCUGAACACCAUCAUAAACAUCAUCAAGAUCAUAGUGGUAAAGGAAAACAUGAAUCUCGACAUGGGAAUCGUGAACGAGAAAGCCACAGAAAACAUGUAAAAGAUCAUAGACAUAGUAGAACUGAGGAGGAAACCUACAGCAGUGAUUCUGGCCAAGGUAUGGCUAAAACUAGUACUGUGGCAAAAACACAAAGAAGUCCAGAAAGCAAUCAUGAUGCAGAUGAUAGUGAUUCUGGCCAAGAAAUGGCUAAAUCUAGAAAUGUGGUGAAAGAACACAGAAGUCCAGAAAGCAUUCAUGAUGCAGAUGAUAGUGAUUCUGGCCAAGAAAUGGCUAAAACUAAAAAGGCCAUUCACGAAGAUAGGGGGGAAAAACAUAAAAUGCAUGUAAGUGUUGAAAGAAGUCAAUCUCACUAUGAAUCAAAAAAACAUAGGGAAAUAGCAAAAUCUAUUCAUCAUCAUGACAGUUCAGUGGAAGGACAAUCAUUAUCCUACAAAUCAGGUCAUGAAAAACAUGUUUCUAGCCUUGAACAAUAUAAAAAGCAUAACUAUUCUGGUGAUAAAACUAGCACUUCAGAUAAAUAUUCUGAAAGAGUAGACAGACACAGAGAUAAACAAAACAAAGAUCUGAAAAGUGUUGAUGAAACAAACCGAAGUGAUAGACACAAUUCCAAAGGUGACCUUAAAAUUAAAAGUGAUAAACACAGUUCAAGAGAGGAGUUAAAAAGUAAAAGUGAUAAACACAGUUCCAACAGUGAACUCAGAACUGAACAUGAUGGACACAGGUUAAAAGGUGAAACUAGAGUUGAAAAAUAUGAACACGUAUCAAAAAGUGAUAAAAGAAGUGAAAGUGAUAAACACAGGUCAAAGAAUGAUCUGAGAAAUGAAAGUGAUAAACACAGGUCAAUCAGUGACCCGAGAAAUGAAAGUGAUAAACACAGGUCAAACAAUGACCUGAGAAAUAAAAGUGAUAAACACAUGUCAAACAAUGACCAAAGGAUUAAAAGUGAAAAACACAGCUCAAUAAGUGACCUUACAGGUAAAAUUGAUAAAUUCAGCUCAAGUGAUGCUAGAAGUGAAAGACAUGGGUCCAAAGGUGAAGUAAGCAAACAAUAUGAUAAACAAAGAAACAAAAGCACUGAAAUUAAUGAGGAUCAUUCCAGUGAUAGACAGCAUAAAAGUGACAAAAGGAUCUCAAUGGAAAAACAUAGUUCUAGUGAAAGACAAACGUCUAGCAAUAUUAAAAGCCUAAGUGAUACUCGUAGAAUCUCAUCAGAAAAACAAAGUUUAAUUGACAUUCGUCAAAAUUCUCAGGGAAAAGAUAAAAUUAAUGAACAAGAAAAAAGCAAAGAAAGAAGAUCUAGCGAAAAACAAAGAUUGUCAUCAAAUGACAUAAGCUUGACCUCUAAGCAUAAACUGGAGGACAGACACCAAUCUUUAAACAAACAAAACUCAGAUGAAAAAGUCCUCAGUAGUAAACAUUUAAAGCAUAAUUCAUUGGGUAAAGUUGAGAAGUCCUCUGACAAAUAUAAAAAGCAACACCAAUCUAGAUUAGAUCAACUUGACAAGGACAGGGAAAAACUGGGCAAAAAAGCCUUAAUAGAUUCAAUUGCUAAGCUUGGUGAUAGUGAUAGUGAAUCAUCAAUAGAUAUGAGAUAUAAGGAAGUGUCUCCUGUAAACAGAAAAUCUGAAGAAAACAAAGGCAGUUAUCAGGAAAAGAACUUAGAAAUUGGAAAAGACAAAGAUGAAAGUGCAAAAUCAGAUAAAUAUAGUGAAAAAAAAUCAAUAAAAGAUACAACUAUUCACCAGUUGGAAAAACACCGGAAUAAACAUGAAACAUAUAACAGUAAAAGAAAUGAAUAUCAUGGAGAGAAGAUGAGUGAAACAAAAAGAUAUGAUAAAGAUAAUGCAAGAGUUGGUCACAUGCGUUCUGAAAGUGAGUUGCAGGAGAAAUCCAUUAAAAAGUCAUAUCCUGAUAUAAGUGAUAAAAGCAAAAAGGACAAACAUAGGCAUUCCGUCUCUGAAAGAAGGUCAAGGUCAAAUUCCUUCAACAGAAGUUCAUCAAGGUCUCAGAGUAUGGAAAGUCAAAAUUCAAUGAAAAGUGAAGAUGAGCAUAAGAAAAGAAAACAUAAACAUGCCAGUAGAAUUGAUGUUGGUAAGACAAUGCAUAAGAGUGGAACAAGUAGAGAGGCUGAAAGUCACAAAUCCAAACAUUCAGAAAAAGUAGUAUCUGCUAAAGAUGAGCAUAAACAAACUGCUUCAAAAAUGCAUGAUGACAAGCGUAAUACAGCACCUAAGGAUAGAGAAUGGCUAGAAAAUGAUAGGAAAAAGUAUCAGGCAUUGUCUGACUGUGAGUCUGAUUCAGAUGAUGGUCAUUCAAGAUCAAGUGUCAUAAAGAGUGACUACCAUGGCAAGGCUGAACAUAAAUCUAAACAUUCAAAUGAAAAAGAUAUUAAACUUAAGAAUAGAAGUGAACACUCAAAGAGUGAAAGUCAUAAUAAUAAAGUAGAACAUACCUCUCAGGAAAGGGAACAUAACUCCCACUCAGGUUCUCAUGGCAGCUCUGCAAGCAAACACAAGCAAAGACAUAGUGAGGGUCAUACACUGAAUCUGAAAUCUAAGAGUGAACUUGACUCAGAAAAAGUUCAGAAGUCUCAUUCUGAUAUUGUUAAUAAACAGAAAUCUCACACAGAACAAAAUGAACAUAAAGGCAAAGAAAGAAGUGGUGAAAUCAGUAAAUCAAAAGUGAAAGAAAAUAGAUCUCAUUCAUUUGAAAAUAAUAAAAAAAGUUGUAUUUCCGAAUGUACAAACUACAGUGCAUUUAAUGGAACAAAAGAAGCAUGCUCAAAGACUGGGAAUUUCAAAUCUGAUUCUCACAAAGACCAGGAAAAGGAACGAAGUAAGCAUCAUAAAUCUUCUAAACAUUCCAAGGAAAGUGAAAGAUCUAGUCAUAACAAAGAUAUAAUAGAGAAAGAGUGUCCUGUCAAUAAACAUAGUGAUGUAAAGAAAGAUGUGGUCCAAUUAAAUAGACAUGAUGCAGAUAGACAUGACAAGGAAAGGCAUAAAUCACAGAAACAAAAGCAUAGAGAUCUGGACAAAAGCAAAGAUAAGUCAAGCAAGAAGAGAAGGUUAGAACACACUGAGUUUCAAGAUAUGUUAAGUUUUGAUAAUUCCGAUGCUGUAGUGUCGGAAAAUGUAAGGAGUCCAGUGAAAAAAGUCAAAGAUGGACAAGAGAAGGAAAAGGAACCUGUGUCAAAAGCUUCAAAGUAUGAUCAGCUGAAGGCAAAGUUUAAAGUGAAGAAAAGUCAUGAAUCCAAGACUCUGGGAUUGGGAGGAAAAAUCGAAGGUGUGAAAAGAAAAGCGGAAGAAACACAAGGAGGUCCUGAAAAGAAAAGACAGUCCAGUGAAGAUCUGGCCAGCCUUCUGCCCUCUACUCAGGCCCACUAUCGACCCUAUAGGUACGGGGAUAUACCAGAGCACAAUGAUGUUGAUGAACAAGACAGCUCUGCUUUCCUGAUGCAGCGUAACACAAGGACACAGGUCUACUCAGGCAAGAAACAAGCCACUGUCACAGAGAUGCAUUCACUGUUUGACUUGUGCAUUAAAGUUCUGCAGGAAAACAUUGAUUGCAUCGACUAUGUGGGUGGGAUUCCUCUCUCUAUACUGGCACCUGUGUUGGAGAAAUGCACGGCCGACCAGCUCUAUAAUCUAGAAGACUACAACCCUCAUUUUUUGGAGGACUCGGAUUACCUGUGGAAGCGUCACUGUGAUCGUGAAUUCAAGGGAAGCAAACCUGACGAACUGGAGACAUGGAGGGAGCUGUACUUGCGCAAGCUGGAUGAGAGAGAGCACAAGUUGAAGUCCAUUAGAGCCAACAUCACCAAGCAUAUGGCUGAGGCAGUACCAGUGAAGAAAACCAAGCUUGCAUACAUGGACAAUGUGGCCAAGCCUCCAAGAGAAGUGCGAAGGCAGCAGGCCAGGUUUGGCACCUCAAACAUGGUGGUGAAGGGUGGUGACGGCAAGAAGCACAGCCUCCCCCCGGCCUUUGAUAUGAUCGCAAUAGGGAGGGCAAAACAGCAGAUGGCAGAGAGAGCACAAAAAGCUCCAAUGAUGCAGAAAACACUUCACCUGCUAAAGAACAUUAAACGAUGAUGAGAAGUCAUCAACGUUGACCAGUCUCUUCUGAAGCUGGCUUCUAAGAAGGCCAACUACAAUUACUGCAGUCAAAAUGGAGUUCUGGUGUGUGCUAGGAGUUAUUGAAGCAUAUCUGAGUUGUAUGAUAACAGAUACAACAUUUAACUCUUUGCAUGCUGGGAAAUUUGUCAUCUGCUAAAAUGUUGUCUGCUGAAUUUCUAAAAUUAGCAUUUUCUUCGAUUUUUUUCAAAGAAUACUAUCAGAUUAGCAAACAGAUUGGAUCCUGAAGAGACGCCACGUUCUGUGGCGUCUCGUUCUGUGGCGUCUCAUCUGGAUCCAAACUGUUUGCAAAGACCUUCAAAAUUCGGUUCCAGCACUGAAAGAGUUAAGGUAGAUACUUUGGAGUGAGCUGAUUAUGAAUCUGUAUAUCAACUGUUCAUCUAUAGCUCUUUUGAUUAAGUUGCCUGAAAUUAGGGGAAAAUAAUCAUGUUUGUAAAAAUAUUCAUUUAUAUUUUGUAAAAGACAAAGGGAUGUAUUGCAUUAUUUAAGCUGUAACCUAGCUAAUUUAAUAUGAACAUAAAUUUGAAUGUAUAUUGCAAAAUUUAUAUUGUUUGUAACUGUGACACUGUAUAGUUAUUUAAACAUUAAUUUAUUAACUAUCUAUGUGUAAUUUAUGUAUACAUGUAUUUACUUCAGUGAGAGUGCUAUUAAAUCAUGCAGAAGUUUUGUGAAGUACCAUAAUUUAUUGUUUUAUUUAUCUUUAAAAGAAUUUGGAUGCAGUUAAAAUUGUGAUUGAAAAUAUUUAUAAAUUUCAAAAGUGUUGCAGUGCAAUACCAUGUUAUCUGGUUCUUUAUAUACUUGGUUAGGCAUGUGCAUGAGACUUAACUGUACAUACUAUUAUAAAUGUCUAUUUAUUGAAGUGAGCUAUUUUUUAAGUGCUCAUUGUUAAUAUGUUAUCCAACAGCAUUUUGUAAUAUAUUGUUAAUUUAUUUAGACUGACUUUUGAAUGCAGCACAAGCUUUCAUAGUAAUUAACCAAAAAUAUAUUACAGACAAAACCUUUACAAAUAUUUGAGUGGGAUUGCAAUGCACAAAUAUUGCAAUUAAAGAUAAUGAUGAAGCAAUUUGUUUCUUGCAGAGCAAGGUAAACUUAUGUCUAUAAAAAAAUAAUAAUGAAAAGGAUGGCUUAGUGCUUAACCCUUUCCCACUUAGAAGCAAAGUGAAAAUGGCUUUUGCAACCAGUAUUAAACCAGAACAGCCGGCAAGUAACUCGCAGUCUGUUCAGGUUGUAUGCUGUUUGCUGCUCAUCAGUAACUAAGGAAUGGAAAUGAACCCUUUAAAACUUGAAUUUAGUGAGAAAGGUCUUUAAUUGAAUGUAAUUGUGUAAGGGACCACAAAUGCGUCAAAAUGCGUAUCGUAAGUUGUAAAGGGUAAAGCUUUGGUAACAGCCAAUAAUCAACUGCAGGGGGCUACUGGCUUAAGCAUAAUAGAAAUAUAUAUAUAAUGUGUCACUUUGUAUCAUAUGUAUCAAUUUUAUAUAAGUGUUCUCUUAAUUGACCCUAUUGCAUUUAAACAUUAAACAUGCGUAUUUAA